GGUCGCGUCACUUUCGGCCCGGCCCAAACGAAACCAGUCCGCCUCGGUCUCUUCUUCUUCUUCUUCCCAAUUUGCAUCCCUACUUCCACGGGAAGCAUCACCGAAUCGGCGAGCGAGAGCGACUCCUCCGAUCCUCAUCGCUCCCUCCGCCUUGCCGCCGGCGCCGCGCCCCCGCCGGAAUCCUCAUUCGCUUCGCCUCGCUUCUCUUCUCCGAGAUCUGGAGGAACUAGCUAGUACCAAUUAAGAUUCACCAUGGAGCCAGAUGCUUCUCCAACAAGUACCACUUCUUGUUCCAAGCAAUCCAAGCUACCAUUGGCAUUGUUAACUCUGGAAUGCAACAGCAACAAAUGUUUCCUGUUCGAUCCAUCCACCAAGCAGACCCGUGGAGCAACCGACAUGGCCGCCUUCUUCCUGGACGCCGCGACAUUGGCGUUCGAGAACCGCGGGUGGCUGCUCAUGGUCCAGAACUACCGCCAUAGCCCCCGGCGAGAGAAAACACUGCGAACCGUCUUCCUGUCCACGCCGGCAACGGCCGGCGGGUGGACCUGCCGGUGUUCCGCUCCGUCGCCGGUGGCCUCUUCGUCUUCCACAUCAACUCCCAUGGGGAGCCACUGGUGGUGGCCUGCGUCGAGACGGCCUCCGAUUAUCCCACCAUCCUGCCCCGGCGACGUGUACUGGACAACCUACAAGAACACGAACACCUCCCCCCCGCAGCAAGCUCGCCACGGGCGGCGCCGCGCCGCGUUCACAUUCAUCGUGGACGCGGCGUUGCGCGGGAAGCAGGUGGUCUGCGCCGACUACCGUGGGAGGAUCUCCGUGUUCGACAUGACGGAGACGGCCUGGAGGACGCCGGUGCCCUCGCCGGGGUGGAACUGGCAAGAGGAUCACUUCCUCGUCACCGCCUCUGGCGAAGGCGGUGGCGAGGAAGAGGAAGAAGAGGAGGUCAUCCUAGUCUCAUGUCGCCGUCACGAUGAUCAGUUCUGCGAGUUCAAGUUCUUCAAGCUGGAUAUAGCAAUGGCGCCGUCGCCAUUGGACGCCGGCGAUCUGGAUGGGUUCAGCUGGUUCCUCUGCCGUGGUAGAUCCUCCCGUUUAAGGGAGGAGAAAGGUGGGAGGAAAGUGUACACGUUCUGCCCUGACCGGCUGUGGGGUGAGAGCAGAACGAUCGAUCUUGGAAACGGAAAGAAGAGGAAGAUGGCUCCUUUCAAUCCACGAGGUUUGAUAGAGAAAUCCAUCACAAAUGUAUAUGCACACAAUCUGGUUGAUGGUGUUGUUGAGGAGCUUCUCCCGGCAUCGAUUGUGACUGAGGCACGCCAUUGGGUUCACUCUGCUGUCUUCAGUGAACCAUUUGCCUGAUUCUAGAAUUUGGGUUAAUUGGACCUGAUGAUGCUAAAUUUUCAAACAUGGCAUUUCAGUGUAAGCCUAGUGACAUUGUCGGAGGAACUUCACUGCUUUCAUCUUUUGACAUUUUCUUCUGGGUAAUCACAUGAUAAAACAUGGUUCCAUUCACAGGCCCUUGCAAAUA